AUUUCUCUUUUUACAUUUACACGUUUUCUAAAGUUAAAAUCAGGUUCACAAAUUUCACAGUACAGCAUAAAUUUGAUAUGUGUAAUUUGUCUUACAACUUGUUUUCACUCAUGCUCUUUCUAUUUGGCUUUCGCUCGUUGCUCAUUACUCUUUGCUAUCCCUCUGUAUUAGAAAAAAAGAAAGAAAGAAAGAAAGAAAGAAAAGGUAUAACAAAAGCUGCGAGAGUGAAAAUCACUGAGUCAAUAAUUAAGACUGCAGCAUGUAUUUUUAUUUGGUAUUUUUCGUCGACCAUAAGACACGCUAACGGUAAUUUUUUUUUUUAUCUAAAUUUUUGGUCGAAAGUACAAUUAUGUCGAUACUAACCUUGAAAUUAAAUUAUGCCCUUGAAAUUUUGAGGAUAGUUUCGAAAUUAUGCCCUUUUUUUUUUUUUUAAAUAAUUUAGAGAGUACUUUAGAAUUUAGAAAAUUGUGAUUUAUAUGUGAUAAUUUUUUUACCUUGAAAGUCACUAUACAAUUUAAGAAAUUGUGAUAUGUAUGUGAUUUGUUUGUGGGAAUUCUUUUCGAAACUUCUUUAAAAUUUAGAAAUUUAUGUUUUGUGUGAUAAUAUUUUAUUUAUUUAUCUAGAAAGUAGGAAAUUAUGUUUUAUAUGUGAUAAGUUUUUCAAUUUAAAAAGUACUUUAAAAUUAAGAAAAUAAAUAUAUACGAUAUAAUUCUUUUUAGUAUGAUUAAGAAAGCAAAUUUAAAAUUAGGAAAGAUAAUUAAAUUAAAACAGUGAAACUCAACUUAGUUCCAACGAUAUAAUCCAAACACAGUAAUUUUGCACAAAUCCAAUUCUGCCCUCUAAAUAAUCUUGAUUACAUUUCAUCAAAUUUUAUUUACUAUUCAAAAAUCUCAAUCUUGUCAUCGCUGUUUACACCACCUCAAGUACAUAUUAUUAUAACUAGCUAAAAUAAUCUUAUCCAAACACAACUAUUGUAAUAUAAUCUUAUCCAAACACAACUAUUGUAAUCUUAUCCAAACACAACCAUUAUAACACUAAUAACUAACUUAUUUUUUAAAGUACAUAAAAAAUCAGUUCUUUUCAGAGUAUAUAAUCACUUUUAACCAUUCUAUAGUUUUUUUUAUUACUCUUGAUUUUUUUUUUUAAAAAAAUGAAUCAAAAUAUUUAAAUGUUAGAUUCUAUCGAUAUAGAUUUAUAUUAGUUUUUUGGAGUGACUAGUAGACAUUUGAUAAAAGUAGAUAGACAUUAAUUUUAGGGACAUUUUUAAAAAUAACAAAAUAAAUUAAAAUAUUUACAAACUAUUGUAAACAUCUUGAAUUCUACAGAUGAUAAUCAAAUGUUUAUUAUUGAUAAAAUAAAAUCUUGAAUUCUAUAGAUGACAAUCAAAUGUUUAUUAUUGAUAAAAUCUAAAAUUUUACUUUGUGAAAUUUACGAAUCAUUCAUAAAAUUUAAAGUUUCGUUACAUGUAUAAAUAUUUAUUUAAGAGGAGUAUAAUUUACAGUAAUUUCCGUUAUGAGUUAUAAUCCACAAGUUUUUGACAUGUUUUGGUGGACAAAGGAAAAGAAAAAGGAGUGAUAUUUAACAUCCUAUGAAACGGCAUCUUCUCGAAGCACCUAUAAUUCAAUGUCCAAAACAACUUUAAACCAAACCAAAUGGCCUUAACCAAUAUCGUCUUCCCCACUCCCUUCAUCGCUCCGAACUAAUGCUCCUCCACCGUGAUUCUCCUCACCUUGAACCAUGGGACCACUUGAACGGCAAAGUGGUGAUGGUUACCGGAGCCUCGUCCGGGCUCGGCCGCGACUUCUGUCUUGAUCUUGCUAGGGCUGGAUGCAACAUCGUCGCUGCCGCACGCCGUACAGAUAGGCUUCAAUCUCUCUGCCAAGAAAUCAACCGUCUCGCUUAUUCCGGUUCUUCAUUUCAGACGGCCACCCCUCGAGCUGUGGCUGUGGAGCUUGAUCUCAAAGCCGAUAGUACGAUAAUCAAGGAUGCCGUCAGAAAAGCCUGGGAUUCUUUCGGCUUCAUCGAUGCUUUAGUGAACAAUGCUGGUUUGAGAGGGACUGUGAAGUCUUCAUUGGAGCUGUCUGAAGAAGAAUGGGAUGAAGUGAUGGGAACAAACCUGAAAGGGUCUUGGUUGGUAUCAAAGUAUGUGUGCAUUCACAUGCGUGACACCAAUCGAAGUGGAUCCGUUAUCAACAUUUCUUCAAUUGGUGGUCUUAAUAGAGGCCAUAUUCCUGGAGGCCCUGCCUAUAGUGCUUCAAAGGCUGGCUUAAACACUUUGACAAAGAUCAUGGCCCAUGAAUUAGGAGCAUACAAUAUCAGAGUAAAUUCCAUAUGUCCUGGAAUUUUUAAAUCUGAGAUUACAAAGGGUUUGAUGCAAAAGGAUUGGCUUAAAAAUGUAGCAUUGAAGACUGUUCCUUUACAGACUUACGGAACGUCCGAUCCAGCAUUAACAACGCUUGUUCGAUAUUUGGUGCACGAAUCUUCUACAUACGUUACAGGUAACAUUUUCAUAGUCGAUGCAGGAGCCACGUUACCUGGAGUCCCAAUUUUCUCAUCCCUGUGAGUAUCUUGGUAUUGACAUGUUCAUAAUGGUAUAUGUAAAUUGGUGUCUAGAUACGCAUUGAGCUUCUCAUCGUUUGAAUCAACUAUUAAGUGGUUGUUGAAUUCCUUUCACUACGUGGUGAAUUAUUAUUAUUUACAUACAAAUCAUGCGAACAAAAUAAACAACUUGAUUUUUCAAAA